AUGUCGUCUUUCGGCGGUGGCGGUAGUGGGGGAGGGCAGUCGGACGUAGACCCAGAGAUGCAGCGGUUCCUACAGCUGGAGUCUCAGAAAGCCCAGAUGAACGUCCGCGUCCACACCUUCACCGACAUCUGCUGGGACAAGUGCAUGGACAAGCUGGGCACCACAAUGGACGGUCGAAGCGAGAGAUGUCUAGUAAACUGCGUGGAACGAUUUCUAGAUACUACAAACUUCAUAAUCAACCGACUCGAAAAACUAGGUAGUAAGUAG